AGCAUUUCUUCUUCCGUCAUGGGCUUACCGUAAUAUUCUAAUUGUGCCGCUAUCCAUAAUAUAGCAGAAUUUUACGUUUGCCCAUUCAUCGAGUGCAUGGGGAAGAGUUAUUUUCUUCUGGUUAUCGAACCUUUCUUUUAGAGCUUUCCAAAGAUCUAGAGGAUCUUUUAUCCUUGCAUAGUCAUGCGUAAGGUUUUCGUCUAGGUGCUUUCUCAGAAAUAUUACGGCCUUAGCCUUUUCAUGAGAGGCUGAUUUAUUUCCUUCUUUUAUUGUAUCGAGUAUUUUCUCCGAAUCUAGAUGAAGCUCCAUAUUUGUGAUCCAUGCCAUGUAAUUUGCUCCAGUAAUUUUAAGAGCCGAAAACUGAAGUUUCUCGAUAUUUGCCAUUUGAAUUUCUAAAAAAACAAAAUAAUAAAUUUUAUUAGAAUUUCAUAAUUUAAAAUGAACCAUUUAUAUUGAUUAUACACGCAAUUACAAGGAAAAAUAACGUUAUAAAAGUAAACUAAUAUUUGUUAUAAAUUCUUCGAGAAUAAAUUCUCCAACAAGUAGACAAUACAUAGAAGCAAAAAUUACAAUUGCACAUAAAAUAAAAAAUAAGCGAAUCAUCUUUCUUACGAUAGAAAAACCGGAAUAUGGCGAUUUGAAAAUAUUUGAGAGAAGAUGAAAUGUUUGGAUGAAGAAAAUAAGUAAAGUAUGAAUAUAUUAAUAGGUGAAAAAUACUGUUCAUAGUCGUUUGAAAAGAGUAAAUUUUUUUUGAAAAUUUUCUUUGUGACCGUUGGGAUUAAAUCAUUUGAACCGAAAAUCAGUGUGAAAAUAUCGUAAUAAACUGUUAACCAAAUUCAGUAAAUUUCAUAAUAUUUUAUAUAAGUGACCAAACAUCCCAAUAUAUAAAAAGGGAUUGAGGGAGACAUUUUAACCUAUCCACCUAAGCACAAAAAAUCAUCCAAUCAGAGGGGUUUAAUUCGCCAUGUCAUUUUUGUUUUAUCGACAGAAGAUAAAACCUGGGCUUUUAGUAUGAUUUUUUUUUUUUUUGUAAAUGGCAUUCAUAUUUUUAGUAUGAUUUUGUUACAUGUAUUUCUUCUUAUCCCAACAAUGGAGCACAUUGUCUGUCUAAAGCCUGAUACCUGUAAAAUAUAAUUCUCCAUCAUCGUCUUCAAUCUUAUCUAAUCACCACCUCAUCUGUACCGCUUCCCCUUCUCCUCUUGAACGUUACGUUCAACAACUCUUAAAGCUCAAUCAUUAACUGCAGAUAUCCUAAUGCCAAUAAUCAUUUUCAUCCCACCAACUCCACAUUAUAUAUAUCCCUCAUGUAUUUCUUCAUUCCCCUCUUCACUUCAGCCACAUAAAUCAAUUUAUAAGAAGCUACUGAAGGCAACGGACACAGAGAAAUUUUUUUUUAGCAAGCCAGAAACACAACGAAGGGUGACUUACUAAUUGGGCUGGAACUCUUUUUAUUGAUGAAUAGGUAUGAACUCAUCUCUAUAUGACGACUAUUGGGUUCCUUGAAAUUCAGAUUUGCUGUCUGAAACUAUUCUAUCACAUGGUUGUGUCAUAUAGGUGUUCAUCUCUUCAAGUCGUGUACCCACCUACAGCUUAAUUUCUUUGCAACCAAAAGCAAAUAGAUAUAAUGUGUUCUCGACCACGGCCACAUCGUUUGUUUCAUUCACAACUCUGUUAUCUUGGAGAGAACCGCCUGGUGUUUCAGUUGGACAGAUUCAUGUUCCUUUCAUCUAAAGAAUUUGAAGCGAACUCUGAUCUCAGUGGUAAUCUCUAUGGAAGGUUUACAUACUCUUAUGAACUAUUUUUUGUUGUGGAAAUCCUUUGAAGAAAGGAGAUUUGGUGCACCUUCAGCCUAAAGAUGGCCCUGUCCUGAAUGCUUACCUGUUGGAUCAGGCUGCCAAUGAGUUUUAUAAUAGCCUACAAACUCCAACCGUUCGCUUAGUCAUAACAGUCAACACAAAACGUAUAGGAGGUACCUUUUGACUCACUUUGUAACUCAUGGUUAUCCUGCACGAUUUCUCACUUAUUAGUUUGCUAAGUAUAUAACUUUAGAUUCCACUUCUUCCGGCCAGUCCUUAAUUGAGUAUCUAUCCUGGUCUGUAUCCCUUGCUCAUUUUAAUUUAUAGUUGUGAACUCUAUCUGACUCAAAAAUAUGUUUUACGUCGGCUCAAAACCAAGAUGUUGCUGUUAUGGUCAAUGCGUCUGAGGUGACAAAGGCCGAGACGCUAACCAUUCGUGACAUCUUUGCCUUCUUGAAACAGGAACCAGAUCAGCCCACAUUGAUAAUGUUGUGCGCGCGGUACUCUAGCUGGUUGAUGUACCCAAAAUAUGAGAACGUGAAUGCAAAAGGAUAUGGUGUACUUAUAUCUCCAACUUAAAGACGGCGGGAGAGCCCGUAUUUAUCUGUGGUACAAAAUUGCCGCCAGUGCUCUUGCUCACCACUCUGAAUUCAUAGACACUAGGAGGUGUGUUUGUUUCCUUGAAGCUACCAACUUUGUUUGCUUCCGUGAUAUUUUUCAUCUAAAGCAUACAAGAGUGUAUAAAUAUGAGUUUGUUCGAAAAGCUUAUGUUGUUAUCUCAGAUCCGAUUGUUGCAAGGCAUGUCCUCGGAGGAAACACUUUCAGUGACAAGGGAGUUCUUGCUGAGAUCUUCCAGCCGAUUAUGGGAAAAGGGUUGAUACCAGUAGACCUAGAUGCAUGGAAGUUAAGAAGAAGAGCUAAAUCUUAUGAUUCCCUACAUUAUCUAGAGGCUAUGGUCAAAAUAUUUAGUGCCUGUUCAGAGAAAAUAAUACUCAGGUCUGAGAAACUCUUACGAGAAUAAGAGGUCUCAAGCGGAGGGGACACAAUCAAGUUGGAUCUUGAUGCAGAAUUCUAGAGUCUCUUCACAUUACAGGGCUUACACCGCUUACCGUAUUCAACUACGACUUUUGUUCUGUCACAAGGAGUCCCAUGUCAUUAAGUUUUUUGAUUUUUGAGUAUACUCUUCACCAAGUUUAUAUACUAAGCUGAUUCAUUCUUCAAUUUCUCUGUUACAUCAGAUGCGGUUUAUGAAAUUCUUUAAUUCUUUUUUGAGGCA